AUUAAGUUACAAAAUAAUAGGAGAAAUUUGAAAGCUAGUGCUGAUUAACAUGGUCAAUAGUUUAAAACCUGAAUGUUCGUUUGCAUCAUGGUAUCCCCUAUUUUAUAAAAAUUCAUUAAGAGCUACAAUUAUUUGUAUUCCUGAUGAAGUACUUAAGUAUUUAGAACAUGAUGCAUUUGUUUUACCUGUUGAGGCAACGAGUUCUAUAUUACAAAAUACAGAAUGGAUGGAUGGAUCUCCAGUAAUAAAUGAAGAACACCCAGAUGAAGUUCAACCAACAUUUCCCCAAUUCAGUAAAAAAAUUCAAGAUGUUAUAGAUGAAUAUGGCGCAGUUUUUAUAAAAAGUAAUUGGAGUUCACCUUUGGAUGCAACUUGGGUUGCACCAACUAAAACACUAAAAUGUAAAACAUUGGAAGAAAUAUACCUGUUAUUAAAAAGUUCAGAUAGAAUUGCACAAGAUUUAAAUAGUGUAAAAAAUUAUACAAAUUACGAAACUCCUGUGAAAUCUUGUCUGGUAUUAAAACAAUGGAGAGAUAUUAAUCCUUGCACAGAAUUUCGAUGCUUUGUAAUACAAAAUGAACUUAUAGCAAUUAGUCAACGUGAUAUAUCGCAAUAUUAUAGUUACAAUGAAUCAGAAAAAUAUAAUAUUCAAAUAGAUAUCAAAAGUUUAUUUAUGGAACAUAUCAAAAACAUGUUUCCAUUAAAUAAUUAUUCAUUUGAUGUUAUACGGUAUAAAAAAGAAAAAGUAAAAAUAGUUGAUUUUGGUCCUUUGGAUGAAUCUGCUGUCAAAGGAACGCUUUUUACAUACGAAGAAUUACAAAAUCUAAUAGAAGAUAUACCAGAAUUUAGAUUUAUUGGCGAAGAAAUUGGUAUUCAACCAAAAGCUCCAAAUCACUUUUGUAUUCCACAGGAAAUAAAUGAAUUUUUUCAGCCUAAUGAAAGUUCUAGAUUAUUAGACAUUAUUCAACGAGAAGUGGAAAGUCAGCGGAAAGAACACGAAAACGCUAAUUCUAAUAACUUGCAACACGAUUGAUAUGUGUUUGAAAAAAAACCAUAAAGAAAAAAUGGAAAAAACCAAAUGAAUAAUAAGUGAAUAAUUGUACGCUUAGAAAACAUUUUUAAAUACAGAACUUUCACUUUUAUUCUGCCAGACCCUCUUCUAUCAUUACAUUACAUAAAACGAUUAAAGGCUAUCCUACCGCUUAAAAGAAUUAUCGUAAUAUUGCAAUAUUUUUCGAGCCAUCGGCCUUACCGAGCGACGUCCCUUAUAUAGAAAAUAUGUCUUGUUUAUGUACAAUAUGCAAUCCUUAAUACUUCGAUUUGAAAAAGGAUUCUCGAUAUAUGUAGCUCCGGACAAGUUAAUACGCUGUACAGUCAUAUCCACGGAGUAUUUUUUUGUUUUUUUCCUCAUUAUUACGUACCUGACAAAAAUCAACAAGAUCGAGCAAUUACAUUGGUUGAUUCUUAUUAA